AUGGCUCGAGGACACCAAAAAGAAUUAGCACGACAACGUAAUGAAAAAAAUGGCGCUGGCAACAAACCAACAUCACAAAAAGGCACUGCCGCUGCUGGCUUAACUUAUCAAUGUCCGGUUUGCAAAACUCAAAUGGGUGAUCCAAAGACCUACAAACAACAUUUUGAAAACAUCAAAACCGAUCAAAGUUUGUCUUCAACUAACAUCAUUAUCGCAACUUUUCAAAAUAUGAAUCGAUCUCGUAGUCAAUUGGAUAUAUGUCAGAAUCGACCAUUAUCGAUACACAAACCGGGUGUUGUACCGUAUGCAUCGCAGAAUAUCUCGCCGAUUAGAUCGAAUCGUCAUAAAUAUGAAUUGAAACAAAAACUCUGGCCAAAACAAUCCGUCGAAUCAUGGUUUACUAAUCAUUCCUUCGAUGAUCGCCGAGCAGUGUUUAGUUUUCUUAAUACACUUUAUGAUGGUGACGAUAAAUGUAUGAAAAAAGAAGAACGAACAGCAGUUGAACGUCGUCAGAAAUCGCCCGCGACUCGAUUAUCCAGUCGUUUAUCCACUACGGUUGCUCAAUCGCCUAAUCAAUCUGCUCAGCGACGAUCAAAAAGCAAUCACGGACGAGAAAGUCGAGCAUCAAAGCGUGAUCUCGGUGAAAUUCUCGAAUCACUAGAAAGUUUCCGCCCGGCAACUUCAGUACAAGAGAAAGGUAUUCAGACAUCGACGUUGUCUAUCAAUGGUACGUUACCGGACGUGAAUGGAGCGAAGCCGAAUCGAAAAAUCGAAAAAUAUACUCGACGAUCCGUUACAUCACUAGACAAACCGGCAGAAACCGAACAGAAAGAACAGACGACUGAAAAUGACGAAAAUAAUAAACUUAAUCGCCGUUAUCUAUCUCAAACAUGGCGUGUUAUUAAUCCUCGAGAAGAUAUGGAACCAACUGUACGUCCCGAAAAUAAUCGUUCAUCGUUUUUCAACUACACGAAAAAAGUCUAUCCAGAAUACUUUUUUAUUCAUCCAGAUUGGUAUUAA